CUUCGGAACUACAUCACGUAAACAAAACGUCGAGGGAGAAAUUCCUUAUCAUCCACCACGGAGAUCCCAAUUCUCCGUUCGUUUCGGGGAAAAUAGCUAAACCCCAGUUGACUUACUACCUUAAAGAAUAUCCCAAGGCAUCAGAGAAGAAGAAAGCACAGCGGGUUUGCCUCUCUUUCCCCCCCAAAAAAAGGAAUAAUAGGAAGAAGUCGCCACCAUGGGGAAGGGAUUCAAUAAUUACAUGUGUAAAAAGUUUUUCCAUCCAGCGUCCAGGGAUAAUUUGAAAAGGGUCUGGAUAGCAGAACAAAAAGCCGAUGCAGAACGGAAGAAGCAGGAGGAGCUGCGCGUUCAGUAUGAGAAAGAACAGGAACUUUACAACAACAAGGCCCUUUUGGCCAGGGGUGAGAACAAGGAGAAGCUCUCCCUCAACUUCAUGUACGAAGCGCCUGCGGGUGUGAAAAAGGAGAGGGAGAAAGAGGACGGAGAGCCAGAGUACAAGUUUGAAUGGCAGAGGAAGUUUAAUGCACCGCGUGAGAGCUAUUGCAAAGACGACGACACGAUCAGGGACCAGCCCUUUGGCAUUGCCGUGCGGAAUGUAAGGUGCAUCAAAUGCAAGGCGUGGGGCCACAUAAACACAGACAAGGAGUGCCCUCUGUAUGGCCGAGUCUUAGAGCCCACAGAGGGCAUGGGAAACAUUGACCACAAGGAACUGGCCGCUGGGAUGAGGGACGAUGGGCUCAGGCUGAAGAACGUGGCCACCAUGUCCAAUGGAAUUUACGGUUUGGCACAAAAUCCUUAUGCCGGAAACCAGAGAAUUCUCUCAAGUGAUGAAGAAAGCAUGGAUGAAUACUCACUCCUGAGGUCCCUAUCCACCAAAGAAAAGAAAAAGUUGCUGAAGAAGCUCGAAAAAUUGGAAAAGAAGAGCAAGAAGAAGAAGAAGAGCAAGAAGAAAAGCAAGGCCGAAUCUUCAUCAAGUGAGGAGUCAUCGAGCUCAGAGGAUGAAAGAGAGAAGAAGAAGAAAAAGAAGAAGAGAAAGGAGAAGAAGAAGAAGGAGAGUAAGAAGAAGAGGAAGAGCAAGAGCAGCUCCAGCAGUUCCGACUCAGAGGACUCGGAGGAGGAGAAGGAGAGGACGAAGAAAAAGAGAAGGCACUCGGAGGAGAAGGCCGACGCACAGGCCCUGCUCAAGGAGAUAACCAAAGGCUUGAAAGUAGACUUCAUUGGCCCCAACGACCCCUUUGACAUGUCUGAGAUCAAGGUGAAGAGAGAAAAGACCUCCGACGACGAAGAAAGAGAGGGGAAGGACAAGACCAAUGGACACCACCACCAAAGGGACAGGAGAAACGGAAGCACAUCCCACCACGAGGAGAAGGAAUUCCCAGGGGGAGGGAGAAGGGGGAGAGCCUGGGACUUCUGGGGUAAUGCAGAGGGGGCUGAGAGCAGAGGCAAAGGGGAGGAGAGGGAUGCCAAGGGGGAAAGGAGGGAAGAUAGCCCCGGGCCAAGCAAGGCGAAAGAGAGGAACCAAGAGGAACCGAGAGAGAGGAGCAAGGAGAGGAGAGACAAGGAGCGUGAUAGGAAUAGUAGGGAGAUAAGAGAGAGAAGCAGAGAGAGAAAGGAUAGGAGCAGAGAUAGAAGCAAAGAGAGAAGGGAUAGGAGCAGAGACAGAAACAGAGAAAGAAGAGAUCGAAGCCGAGACAGAAGCAGGGAGAGAAAAGAUCAAAGCCGAGACAGAAGCAGGGAAAGAAGGGGUAGAAGUAGAGACAAAAGGGAUCGGAGUAGAAAUAGGAGUCGAGAAAGGAGAGACAAGAGAUAGUGAUAGCGAUGCGAGAUGUGUGUAAGAGAGAGGGUAAAAGUGAAUACAGAGUGUAAUAUUGUGAUGAAUGGUGACUAGCACAUUCUCAUUUUACCUUAUUUUCCAAUGUGAAUAUUUUUGAGAACUGAUUUUCUUGGAUUUAUAUGUAUAAUUACUGUAUGUAUUGUCACAUAUGAAUAAUAUUAUUUGAAUAAACUUAUCCCUUUUCAGAAUCAAGAUAUGUUGUUCCUAGUUUUAAUUGUUUAAUGAUACAAUGUAUUGUAUUUAUUUUGUAAAGAGACAGUGUGCUUGACAAUAAAUUUUCAUCCAUAUUA